CUUCAUCUUCUCCUUUAAUUUUCCUCUCCCCUUUCAUCAAUAUCUAUAUUUUAUGAAAUUGUAGUUAAUAAGAUGCUGUAUUUGGCCUCCAACAUAUAAUUAAUUUGACAUUGUCAGUAUCGAGCUUUUUUUUUUCUUCUUCCCGGAGCCCUUAAACGAAAUUGUUCUACUUAAUUUAUAGAUUUCAGUCUCGGUAGAGUGGAGCCAUGACUAACGAUGGUGAUCCUACCGAUGCCUCAAUUCCCACUAGGAUUGAGGGGAGAUUCAAGGCCAUUGUCAUAUGUUGGUUUCUUGGAUUAGGCAAUCUUGUGGCGUGGAAUAGCAUGCUCACUAUCUCCGAUUAUUACUAUCAAGUGUUCCCGACUUACCAUCCGUCGAGGGUACUUACCCUAGUCUACCAACCUUUUUCAUUUGGAACCAUGAUAUUACUUGCUUACUACGAGGCCAAGAUUAAUACAAGGAUGCGAAUCUUGUUUGGAUACACCCUUUUCUCUUUAUGCACACUUGCCCUUCUACUCGUUGAUAUAGGAACCUCAGGGAAAGGAGGGAUUGCAAAUUACAUUGGAAUCUGUGUUCUCGUUGGUGGUUUUGGAUUAGCAGAUGCUUUCACCCAAGGAGGGAUUGUUGGAGAUUUAUCUUUCAUGGAACCUAUCUUUCUACAGUCAUUCUUUGGUGGUUUGGCUGCGUCCGGAGCCCUCACCUCCGGCUUGAGACUCGUCACAAAAUGGGCUUUCGACAAAGCUGAUGAUGGCCUUCGUAAGGGUGUUAUUUUGUUCCUGUCGAUCUCAACGUUGUUUGAGUUCGUUUGCGUGUUCCUAUAUGCAUACGUGUUUGGGAGAAUACCAAUAGUGAAGCACUUCCGCAGGAAGGCAGCUUCCGAGGGCUCCAAAACCGUUGCAUCGGAUCUUGCUGCUGCCGGGAUCCAUACCUCAUACGAUGAUGGCACUGUUGUUGAUCGGUUAAGCAACAUGACAUUGAUACGCCAGAAUGUUGAUCUUGCCUUGGACCUUUGGCUGAUAUAUGCACUCACAUUAUCAAUCAUCCCCGGCUUCCUAUUCGAGAACACCGGCCAUCACCAACUCGGCUCUUGGUACUCGGUUGUGCUGAUGGCACACUUCAACUUGUGGGAUCUUAUUGGAAGAUAUGUCCCCCUUGGUGGGUGCCUAAGAUUGGAGUCGCGAAAGGGUCUGAUGAUGGCGUGCCUGUCGCGUUUGUUGCUGGUUCCUUGCUUCUACUUCACGGCCAGGUAUGGAGAGCAAGGAUGGAUGAUCGUGCUGGUCUCGUUUCUAGGGCUCACCAACGGCUAUCUCACGGUGUGUGCACUCGCUGUCGGGCCUAAGGGCUAUAAGGCACCGGAGCAGAACGCGUUGGGUAAUCUCUUGGUUGUGUUUCUCAUCGCUGGUAUAUUUUCGGGCGUUGUUCUCGACUGGCUGUGGCUCAUCAACAAUGGAUCCUUUUGAUUCAACCACACCUCAUUUGCACUAACACAACUUAGGAACUACUUGUUGGUUUUUCUUUAUUGUCUUGCUCUUAUUAUUAUUUAAUUUCAUUUUCUUGUAUAUAAUAGUUUCAUCAUAUGAAAUGACGAUUUUGGAAUUAAACGUUAAUCGUCUUGAUAGCAUAUGGAAUGUCAA